AUGGGACCCACCCGUUAUCAUCGAGAUGGAGUUGUUGGUCAGCUCUACCGUCUUUUAAUGGACUGUCCUGGUAUGUGUUGUGGUUGUUGCUGUGGAUUAUUCUUUGGCUGCAGUUACGCACGUGGUAGACGUAAAUGGAAUCGCUGCACAGAACACACCUUUCAUGAACGUAAUUCAUUUAUGGUGAUUUUUUAUAUUCUACUGGUGUGGAGUGUAGAGUUUCUUUAUCUUGUGUUUGCCCUUCCCUACCUGGAGGCUUCUCUUUUAUCUAAGUUUAUCUCUAUUGGAUUGGUAGUGUUAUCGGAGUGGUUUUAUUUACUGGCGGUGUGCGCCGAUCCCGGUGUGAUCACAGCAGCGGAGGAACAGGAGAGUCAACGGUUAUUUUUUACGAAUGCCGCAGAGAAGAAACGAAAGGAACUCAACUCACAUUUACAGCAGAAACAAAAGUCCAUCCCAUCUGGGAAAUCAUUAUUAAAAGGAGGAAAAGAAAAAGAAGAAAAGGAAAAGAAUGAAGGGAAACGUUCCUUUCUUCUCUCACCAGAGGCGGAGACUCGACAAAAUCAAAAGUAUAUAUUAGAUGGUAUUCUCUACGGUAUUGGCAAUCACACCGUGAUGGGAUUACGCAAUGGCACUAUUGGACCUCCACAAGAUCCUGCAAAGGCAAUUGGUAUAAUGUGUGUAACGUGUCAUGUUCCCCGUCCAAGCCGAAGUAAACACUGUCGAUUGUGUGAUCGCUGUGUUCGUCGUUUUGAUCAUCAUUGUCCGUGGAUUAAUAAUGAUGUUGCGGAGGGUACACAUCGUUGGUUUUUACUUUUUCUCGUUAUGCAUGCGAUGAGUUGUGCAUGGGCCUCUUGGGAUUUAUGUGCGAUUAUGAAGGGAUUUCUUGUUCGCCAUCGUGCCUGGGGUUGGGUAUUAUAUCUUGGUAAUGGAAGAGUGUAUCAUCUUCGUUUAUUAGAUUAUAUUGCGAUUCUCGUUACGCAUCAAACCCUCCCUGCGUGUUUACUUUUCUUUGCCGUGAUGAUUGGAUUGGUGUUGUGGGCCUUCUGGGCUUAUCAAAUGUCCUUUGUGCUGUACAAUCUUACGACGAAUGAUAUGAUGAAGAUAGACACGGCGGUGGAUAUUCUCACUUCACUUCCUUCAUUAGAGGCGGUUUAUCGUGAGGCUUUAAAUGUGCAGCGGCAAUUGGAAAUGGUUGCCGCCAGGCCACCGCGAUCUUUACAGAAGAAAUUAAAAUCCCCACCAGAAAAUGUGGAACCGAAUAGUAAAGCGGAUAAGGCAUACCGCAAUGGGGUGCGUAAGUUGUUACUAUACGAUCUGAAAGGUUUGUUUGAUCGUGGAAUGUGGAAUAACUUGAUGGAGGUUAUGUUUCCAUACAGUUAG